CAGUCCAAUACCGAAGCGGUAAAUCGCCUGUAUGAGGUUUUGUCCGUUUCGACUGAAAAAAAUUAAUACACAAUUUUUUCAGAGUGACACUCUAACUACGUUGUUUUAGAUAUAAUCUAACAUUCGGACGAAUAAUUUAACUAUCUUAGUUGCACUGACCACUGAAAUGGGUGCUUAUUUGUCAGAACCAAUUGUUGAAAAAAUCUCUUGUAAUGAGAAGAGUGACCAGCUUAGCUAUGGUGCUAGUUCCAUGCAAGGAUGGCGAGUUUCCCAAGAGGAUGCUCAUAACUGUAUUCUUGACUUUGACACUGACACCUCUCUCUUUGCUGUCUAUGAUGGGCAUGGAGGUCAUGAAGUUGCCACCUACUGUGCUGAACAUUUGCCGAAUUUCCUUAAAACAUUAGAUUCAUACAAGCAAGGUGACAUUUCAGCUGCUCUGGAAGAGGCAUAUUUGGGCUUUGACCAUCAAUUAACCAAAGAAGAUGUUGUAAAAACAUUGCAUUGCAUUGCUGGAAACAAAACUAAAGAUGGUUCAUCCGAAGAUGACCCAGAUGAAAUGUCUGAGCUAUAUGAGGAAGCUACUAUGUCAAUUGAAGACCUAAUUACAAGAUAUGGCAAACGAAUUAAGGAAAAUGUUGAAGGAAACGAAGAAAAUAGCAAAGGAUUCUCCCUGGAUUUGAUAUCUAAAGCGUAUGCUAAAGGAAGAAAGAACAACUGUGGAUCAGAAACUUCAGUCAGUAAAACUGAAGAUACUCCUGCUAAGACUGAGGACUUGAGGGAUUCCAUUGGGGAAAAUGCAAGUUCCGAAAACGAAGUGCAAGAAAAACCAGUGGACGAUAACAGUGAAGUAAACUCCGCAGUAAAAUCACAAAAAGAUGUAACUGAUGUGCAGAUAGAGACGAACGGAAAAAUUCACAACGGGUCCGACAAUCAUGACAGCAGUCAUUUAAAAUCGAAUGAAGUGCCCAUUAGUAUAAAAGGAAAAGGUGUCGGUAAAGGGUUAAGUAACAGUAUCCGUAAAACCGUUGAAAAAACACCAGAAGAGCUGGAAAUUGAACGCCGUGAAGCGGAAGAAAUCAGUAAGCGUCAGGAACGCAAAAGGUCCCUCAGAAGCAAGUCAGCAGACGAACUCUAUAAAGCGAUAGUUACCAACGAUGAUGACGAAAACAGCGAAGAAGAUGGUGAUGACGAAGAAGACGAAGAUUUUGAUGGUGAAUCCAGUUCUGACGAAGAUCUAGCUGUGGAAGACGAUGAUGACGAUGAUGAGUGGGAGGAUCAAGAGGACGAAGAGGAAGACGAGGAAGAGGUUGAAAAGAAGGCGAAAAAUUUCUCGAUGAACCUAAAAGAAGAGCCCGGCUCCGACAGUGGUUGCACAGCUGUUUUGGGGCUGAUUCGAGGUAACACCUUAUACGUUGCAAAUGCCGGGGAUUCCCGAUGUGUCCUUAGCCGAAAGGGACGCGCGGUUCCGCUUAGUGCUGAUCACAAGCCAGAAGACGAGCCUGAGCGUUCUCGUAUUGAACGUGCUGGUGGAGUUGUGACAGGAGAUGGCAGGGUGAAUGGUGGACUUAACUUGUCGCGAGCGAUUGGUGAUCAUGCCUACAAGCAGAACAGCCAACUUGGGCCUCGUGAACAGAUGAUCACUGCUUUGCCGGACAUACAAUCCAUUGAUUUAGAAGAAGGCGAUGAUUUUAUUGUAUUAGCUUGUGAUGGCAUUUGGAAUUCAAAAACUAAUCAGCAAGUUGUUGAUUUCGUUAGGCCCCGUCUCAGCCAAUCAAAAACAUUAUCACAAAUUUGUGAAGAACUCUUCGACGAAUGUCUUUCGCCAAACACAUUAGGGGAUGGAACAGGAUGCGACAAUAUGACAGCGAUCAUUGUACGUCUUGAUCGGUUUCUACCAGAAAGCAAAAUCACCAUUUCUGAGACUGCCCCAACUCCUUCCCAGCCAAUGAAGCGGCAGCUAACUGAAAACUCUUCGCCAGACACUGCGGAACCAGAAUGUGAAGGCGAAAUGUCGCAUAGGAGCAAAAAACAACGAGUUGAGGUUGCCAUUAGUAACGAGGAUGACACAAAAGCAAAAGAUUCAGAACUUGUUUCAUGAAGAUAUCGUUGAUUGCCUACUUGACGCAGUUCAGAAACUUGUCCAAUUCAGAAAUAUGUCCACUUCAAAAGUGGAUCAUUUCACUCGAUCCCUCAUAAAUUCCACGGUAUUCGUCGUUCCAGUUGAGUCCAUGCGUCGUAAGUUUCGAACAGAAAUAAAUGCUAACGUUCAAAAUACAUCAUAAGCCAU